UACCGUAAUCGACGUUGGGAUGCACCGAUGGAAUUUGCAGGUAUUCGCGAAAAUUGUUGACAGCUAACGUGUCCAGAGCCUUUUUCUGAUCAGCUGAUAGGUCCGCAAUCGCGCUCAUCUUUUCGAUAUUUUUCAAGGAUUUAGUGAUUUAGUAAUGUAUCAAGUCGGCAACGAUUCGCGUUCGAAAAUGCGUAGGCAUGUGAAUGGAUUAAUCGGGGCCUUCGCGCUUUAUUUAUACACGUACCGGUUCUUAUCGAGGAACACGACGAUUAUUUAAUCAUAAUUAUUAUCAGGCUAUUUUUCCAUCAACUUGUCGCGACUAUUAUUUACCACGACUGGUCGUAUUGUCGACGGAAUUUCUAUUUGUUGCGGUUUUUACUAUUACUAUCGAUCGAAAAAUAUUUGUAUUUUCGUUGCGGUUUUCGAUUUUCGUUUGUGAGAAUUUAUCGAAACGAUCGCGGCCCAUCGCGUUCGUCAUGGAAACCUACUGCGUUGUUUUGAGUUUCCCGCUAGCGCACCAGCUGACGUGACUCUUGCUUAACCACCAGCCAACCAUUUUUCAUUUUAAAUAAAAAGAAGAAUUGUUUUGUUCUAUUUGACACUAAUGACGUUUACAUAUUAAGUGUCAAAUUCGCAGAUAGGUGUAGAUUUUUUCGAUUUUUUCUUUAUGUAUCAAUUUUCGAACGUUCGUUGAAAUAUUCCACUAGCGAAUACCAAAAACAAGAUGUUGUCGUUGAUGAACAGGAUAUUGGACUGGUUCAAGAGCCUGUUUUGGAAGGAAGAAAUGGAACUGACCCUAGUGGGGUUGCAGUAUUCGGGCAAAACAACAUUCGUCAACGUUAUCGCCUCUGGUCAAUUUAGCGAAGACAUGAUACCUACGGUGGGUUUUAACAUGAGAAAAAUAACCAAAGGGAAUGUUACGAUUAAAGUUUGGGAUAUCGGGGGCCAGCCUAGGUUUAGGUCGAUGUGGGAGAGAUAUUGUAGAGGCGUAAACGCUAUAGUGUAUAUGGUAGAUGCCGCAGAUCCGGACAAAAUCGAAGCAUCCAGGAACGAACUCCACAAUUUGCUGGAUAAACCGCAAUUAGCCGGCAUUCCGGUGUUAGUGUUGGGCAACAAGAGGGAUAAACCGCAAGCUCUAGACGAGAACGGGCUCAUCGAGAGAAUGAAUCUGUCUGCGAUACAAGAUCGCGAAAUAUGCUGUUAUUCGAUAUCCUGCAAAGAAAAAGACAACAUCGACAUAACUCUGCAAUGGCUAAUCGCUCACUCCAAAUCAGGCAUGCGUUAAUAUUAGAGUAAUAAUUGUUACAAGAGAUUCUUUUCGUUUACAGAGUAAACAUAUUUCUAUUCGCUAGAACUAGAUAUAUCCGAUUCGUUUCCCCAUUUAAGCCUUACUAUCAAGUAAUCUCAUGUAGUACCUAAUUAGUGGAGUAUUAAUUGACAUUUUCUCGUUUUCUAAAGGCACAAAUAUUUCAGCUCAAUGGAGAUUGUAAAGCUUUAGUUGAUGCAGCACGAUUCGAAAUGUACUGAAAGUGAACACAAAAAGACUUUUAUCGGGGUAUAGUGGAAAUAUGUUGACUUUGGGUAAAGGUUCGUUCGAGCGAACGAAUUUAACAAUUUACCUACACUUUUAGGAAUAUAUUCACUUACUGAUGGAUCGUAGAUUGUAAGUAAAAAAGUAUGAUAAAUAACGCGCGAGAAGUAUCAAAAAUAUGUAAAAAAUAAUUGUUUCUUUCUGAGGGUUAUUUGCGGUUAAAUGUAUGUAUGUAUUUUUGAUCCUCUGCCUAGAAUAAAAUAUAUAAUUAUGCUGAUUUUAUAAUGGAGAAAUUAAGGAGAAAAUAAAAAGCCUGUAAAAUAUUUGUUGCUUGAUUAGUCGAAAGUGGUAAAAAAUAUUAUCAUGUAGUUUAGAUUUAUUUAAUAUAUGUAUUUAUUUUAUGGUCCGUAUAUUAUAUGAUUUUUGUAUAGUGAGAUUUUUUUUAUCUAUAUACACGUUUAUAUUAUAACACUUGUACAAUUUUAUUUAUCUAGGUUUUUAGUGGGUAUCAUUUGAAAACCGAACAAAUCGGUGCAAUUAUAGCAUAAUUAGUUUAUUGAUUAAUUAUCACGUACGUUCGCCUAGUAACAGUUAAAAUUAGCUCUUCUGAUGGAUUUUGUUCGAAUCUUAUCUGUUUUUUUUUACAAUAAAAAAAAUAAAAUUUUACGUUCUG